UCUUCAUUCAGUCUAGCCUCAGAUCACGUCUCCUGUCACUCCGGGUCUAAAGGGGCGGGGCCUUAAACGUUACCCAAUCAGGGGCGCUGGGCUGGAAACCGUCCAAUCAGACACGAAGCUGGAGCGGACAGGGCGGCUUCCGGGUUUGGCGGGGACUUUGUCUCUCGCUUCAGUCAGAGCUGCAGGUCUCGUCUUCCCUGGUCUGUGUCCUCUUCUCCUAGAGGCCCAGCCUCUGUGGCCCUGUGACCUGCAGGCGUUGGGAGAUCCCCAGCUAAGACGCCAGGUCCCCCUGGAAGCCUAGAAAUGGGACCACUGACAUUUAGGGAUGUGACUGUAGAAUUCUCUCUGGAGGAGUGGCAAUGCCUGGACACUGCACAGCGGAAUUUAUAUAGGGAUGUGAUGUUAGAGAACUACAGAAACCUGGUCUUCCUGGGUAUUGCUGUCUCUAAGCCAGACCUGAUCACCUGUCUGGAGCAAGGAAAAGAGCCCUGGAAUAUGAAGAGACAUGAGAUGGUGGCCAAACCCCCAGUUAUGUGUUCUCAUAUUGCUGAAGACCUUUGGCCGGAGCAAGACAUAAAAGAUUUUUCCCAAAAAGUCAUACUGAGGAGACAUGAUAAAUGUGAACAUGAGAAUUUACAAUUAAGAAAGGGCUGUAAAAGUGUGGAUGAGUGUAAGGUGUGCAAAGGAAGUUAUAAUGGACUUAACCAAUGUCUGAUAACUACCCAGAGGAAAAUAUAUCAAUGUGAUAAAUAUGUGAAAGUCUUCUAUAAAUUUUCAAAUUCAGAUAGACAUCAGAUAAGACAUACUGAAAAGAAAACUUGCAAAUGUAAAGAAUGUGGCAAAUCAUUUUGCAUGCUUUCACAACUAACUCAACAUAAGAGAAUUCAUAUUAAAGAGAAUUCCCACAAAUGUGAAGAAUGUGGCAAAGCCUUUAACAAGUCCUCAGCCCUUACUCGACAUAAGAUGACUCAUACUGGAGAGAAACCCUACAAAUGUGAAGAGUGUGGAAAAGCUUUUAACCGGUCUUCACACCUUACUCAACAUAAGAUAAUUCAUACUGGAGAGAAAUCCUACAAAUGUGAAGAGUGUGGCAAAGCCUUUAACCGAUCUUCACACCUUACUCAACAUAAGAUAAUUCAUAGUAGAGAGAAGCCCUACAAAUGUGAUGAAUGUUGCAAAGCCUUUGACUGGUCCUCAGCUCUCACUACUUUUACUCAACAUAAGAGAAUUCAUACUGGAGAGAAACCCUACAAAUGUGAAGAGUGUGGAAAAGCCUUUAAACAGUCCUCAGCGCUUACUCGACAUAAGAUGAUUCAUACUGGAGAGAAACCCUACAAAUGUGAAGAGUGUGGCAAAGCUUUUAACCGGUCUUCACACCUUACUCAACAUAAGGUAAUUCAUACUAGAGAGAAACCCUACAAAUGUGAAGAGUGUGGAAAAGCCUUUAACCGGUCUUCACACCUUACUAAACAUAAGAGAAUUCAUACUAGACAGAAGGCCUACAAAUGUGAUGAAUAUUGCAAAGCCUUUAACUGGUCCUCAGCUCUUACUACCCUUAUUCAACAUAAGAUAAUUCAUACUGGAGAGAAACCCUACAAGUGUGAAGAGUGUGGCAAAGCCUUUAACCGGUCUUCAUACCUUAUUCGACAUAAGAUAAUACAUACUGGAGAGAAACCCUACAAAUGUGAAGAGUGUGGUAAAGCCUUUAACCAAUCUUCACACCUUACUCAACAUAAGUUAAUUCAUACUGGGGAGAAGCCCUACAAAUGUCAAGAAUGUGGCAAAGCCUUUAACCGGUCUUCACACCUUAUUCAACAUAAGAUAAUUCAUACUGGAGAGAAACCCUACAAAUGUGAAGAAUGUGGCAAACCUUUUAAUCGUUUCUCAUACCUUACCAUACAUAAGAGAAUUCAUGCUGGAGAGAACCCCAACAAAUGUGAAGAAUGUGGCAAAGCUUGUAACCAUUCCUCAAACCUUACGAAACAAAUUCAUAAUGGAGAAAAACCCUACAAAUGUGAAGAAUGUGUCAAGGCUUUUAACUGUUCAUCAAUCCUUACUAAACAUAAGGGAAUUCAUAAAGAGAAGCCCUACAAAUGUGAAGAACGUGGCCUGGCUUCUAACAAAUCUUCAACAUUCACUAAGCACAAAAUAAUUCAUGCUGGAGAGAAACCCUUAAAAUGUGAUGAAUGUGGCAUAGCCUCUACCCAGUUCUCAACUCUUACUAAACAUGAGAACUCAUGUGGAAGAUAAAACCUACGAAUGUGAAGAAUGUGACAAAGCGUUUAAAAGUUCUCAACUCUUAUUACACAUAAUUUAUACUGGACAGAAAUCCUAAAGUGUGAAGAAUGUCACAAAGCCCUUAACAAGUCCUCAAUUCUUAACAUAUAUAAGAUGUUUCAUGCUGGAGCGAAACUACAAUCUUGAAUGAUGUCACAGUGCUUUUCACAACACCUCAAACUUAUCUAAACGUAAAAAGAAAAAAAAAUUAUACUGGUGCAAAACUCUAGAAAUAUAAAGAUUGUGAAAAAACUUUUAAAUGGUUUUCACGCUUGAUUGCAGGUAAAAUAAUUUAUACUGGAGAAAACUCCAAGUGUGAAGAAUAUAAUUUUUAACCAGUGUUCACAGCUUAUUGUACAGGAAAGCAUUUAUAUUUGAGAAAUGGUGUACAAAUAUAAAGAAUGUGGAAAAGUCAUUAAUAUCUGCUCAUAUAUUACACAACAUCAGAGAGUUCAUACUUAAUAAAAGUAUUAUA